CAGGUUCAUCAAUUUCUUAUCACAAUCUGAGGUAUCGAGUGGAAUGUGAGAAGUUUACUACAACGCAACUCUCGAUGGCAGUCAGCUUAAUUACUAGAGAUUUCUCACGGUGAAGCCACGUAAUUAAGUUUCCUCCGUCAAGUAUAAAAUUUCAGUUCAUCUCGCUACUUAAAAAGAUCAAUCCUUUAAUUUCAGGAAUUCCAUAAAAACAGCGAGGUCGCGCACCACGCUCAUUUCCUGAUUAUAUAACGUGUUUUCCACUGAAUAUUAGCGUGCGCGGACAAUACUGCAUGUUACCUGAAAAGUUUUUUCGCGCUUGAUUUUUCAUUCCAGUGUUUUAUGUUAUCAGUUAAAUACUGCUAAGUUCUCGUAUUUUUUGACUAUUGGUGCCACAGCAAAAUGAGGUCAAUUUUAGUUUUCGACCAAAUGAAUGGUCUGACUUUUCAUAAGUGUGAUUCUGCCUUCAUCAUACACAUUUUGAAAUUGGGAAAGGAACAAGGAUUGUACCAUAACUCUCAAGGCGAGCUUGAGAAAAUUGUCGAGAAAGAAAAGAAGUUAACCACGACGGAGAUCGAUGAAAUUGUCAACACACCUUGGUGCACAAAUCUAAUCAUUCAAUUGUUCUCACCAAUACUUACUUCUUAUAAAGUUUUGAAUUCACAAUUUGCCAACUCAUACUCAUCACUUCAAUGUGAAAACAAUGUUAACUUCAUAUUUGAACAGUUUAUGGAUCACAUAUUUACUUUUAUCGGAGACCACGAUGUGAGCUACAUGAAGAAAAUCUUGAAUUUCCUAGUCUCAGCAGUCAAAUACUUUUGUGGCCCUGAUGUUGCACUCCUUGCCAAGUACAAGCAGUUUGUCUCCUUGAUGAUGGAUACCUGGGAUCAAUUAGUGAACAAAGAUCAAGCAUUUCUGCUGGAAGCAGUUGAGCAGCUCAGUAUCAAUGGGCAAAUCGCUGCAACAACUAUCAGUGUUCUGGAAAACGCUGCGGAGAAAUUUGAAGCUUUGAUAAGCUACCCUAAAAUACACACCCUAAUUUUUGUAGAAAAUAAACUCCUGUCCCUUUAUUCAAGCCGAAAAGCUAAGGAGUUGACGCCAGCAGACAUCUUAUUUUUAACUGUUGUUGCAGACACAAUUAGGUAUCAAACUCCUCACAAUCCUAUUUUCAAAACUGCAGAAAAGAAAGCAACAUCUUUAGAAGAGGUCCCCGAGACUAACACACUUAAAAAUUUCCUUCCAAAAAUAUUUGGCCGUAGCAACAAAGUCUCUUACCUUGGAAAAGUUUAUUAUUUCCUAAUGAUGAUGGGCCCACAAAGUUGUCCCAGUUAUGUGUAUAUAACGUAUCUUGCAGAUGGCAUUCCUUUAUUUUUCAUCUGCGAGGUUUGGAAUGAACUAUUCAGUCAGAAUCUACAAGAAUGUCUCAAACAUGUCAUGAAACUCCAUGAUAUCCAAAAUCAGCCAAACCCAAGUAGUCAUGCAGAAGAGAUCAAAUCAAUUAGUUGUUUGAUUGAUGUUUGCCUCAGCAAAAUGUUGAGCAAUUGCAAGAAGAAACCAGCUCAAUCAUUUGUUGAAGAAUCUAUCAAACAGCUGUACGUCAGAUGGGAACAAACACAAAAUAAAUUCAAAGAAUAUUUAAAGAAUCAAGAUGCGGAGUGUCUCACGCGCUUAGAAACUUGCACAUCAAAUUUGGUCCAUAACUUCAAAGACCUGAUUAGAAGAACACUGUUGGAUACUUCCAGGGUAAACAUGUUUUGUGACAGUGCCAAAAUCGUCACACAAUUUGUAGAUAAUCAGCUCAAAGACUUUAUCGAAUUUCUCAGGGCCAAAGCACUGAAAAAUUUUACGCUUGAAUCUCGUUCUUCCUUGAAUAUUAAUAGGUAUCUAGAAGAAUUCCCAGGUCUAGUCCACUUUAUCUACAUAGACCGCAGCAACCAUCGUAUCAUCGCUCCUUCAUUAAACUUCUCGGAUGAAGAUACCAUUGAAUUCAUCAAGAAAAAAAUUUGGUCAUCAGUGAAGUUCUGCCAAAAACAUUUGCAGAAUGGUCAUAUGUCUGUGAUAUGGCGGGAUGCAACUUUUAACUAUGCUUAUUUCCUCUGGUUCGAGGAUUCCUCUGGUAUUGCCAUGAAACCCAACGUCUUUCCUUCAGGAUCCUUAAAACCCUUACCAAUGCCUGGCAUGUUGACAUCUAGUUUUUAUCCAAAUUUGAUUAAUGUUUGUUUUCCCAACUCAAAUAAAACCAUCAACUGUUAUGAAUUAUACUGCGUACAUUUAGGCAUAGCAUCUUCGUCCUGUGUGCUAGAGCACACGCGACGAAUUCAUGCAACCAUUUGGGAAGUGACAGGUUUUCACAAUAAUUCUAUUGAUCUUCUCUAGCCCAAGAAGAAGGAGGAUAUGAUUUUUGAAUCAAAAGCCUCAAAGAAAUAUUAGUGACUGUGUUCAGUGUUCUCCAUAGUCUUGUGUGCUAUUUAUUUUAUUUAUUUGUAUUAGCAUUUUUUGUAAAUAAUUUUAACUUUACAUUUCAUCACUAAACGGUUGUUCUUUCAACUGAAAUGAUAAGUCUUUCAAUCAAUCAAUUAAUUAUUUUUACCUAUGCUAUUAUCCAACGAGGAAUUUUAAGUACUCCGUUUUUCUUUGUUUUUUUUUUUAAUUGACUGUUUUUGUAUACACUAUGGUAUGAAUCACUGGAUGGUAGAAUAGUGCUGGUUCCACUCUGUUCUGAUGGAUAAUCAAAGUGCAAAAUACCAAAAAUUAGAAUCAGAACUAGGUACUAAAAGCACGCAAAUGCUAGUGAGUUUCAGCGGAAGACUAAGGGGAGAGCAAACAGUUCAUGUUGGUGCAUUGAAAAUUCGUUGAAGGUGUUCUGUUGAGAGAUCGGCACUGGUUUCACUCUUACUUGAGCAUAUUAGCCAGCGGUAUCCAAUCAGAGACCAUUUAGCAAACUUACAUAUCCUUUGCAGCACUAAAAAGCUAUUAUAGAUAUUCUGCAAGGCAUGGAACUGAAGCGCAGUCAUUGUGUCAUCUGCCAUUGCUGCCAAACCCUUGAACAAAAUUAUAAUAACAUCUGAAAAAAUGUAUUGUCUACCCUCUCGUUAUUUACAGUAUUCAGGCCACAUUUUACAUGUUUUUUUUUUCUCCUUGGUGUGCUAAUGUGAGAUUAAGAUAGGUACUGCUUGUUUUCGAAAAAUUGAAAGUUUUACUACGAUAAUUUUAUUAUUGGAGUACAAAUCUGGUGCUUCGAAAUGUUACAGUGGUAUUUUUCAGCUUUUUUUUGUAGGUUUGCUGAUAAUGAUAUAAUUUUUGACAUUGAAGCCUUUCACUAAACGAUGUACCGGCCAGCGAAAUUUUAUGCAUAUAUUUCUAUCCCAUAACUUUAAUCCAACCCAAUUAUGUUACUCAAAAAUUAUUUUUACUAAAAUUUAAAUGUAAUUUCAAUACUCAGGGACUAAAAGCACCUUUCAAGAUUAGUGGCUUCCUUAAUUUCGAAUUCAUUCAUCAACAGGGGCGGACUGGGACCGAAAGAGUGACCAAGAAUACUGGCUCAUCAAAACUCAGAUUUGCCCAAUUUUUUUUUUCUUUUUUGGGGGGGGGGGGGUCCGUUUGAAGGGCGCAAACCAGCCCAGAACUACAUUAAAUGUCCAGGAAUUUUCCGGAUGCUCUCGCCUUGUUCAUCAAAAAUAAGCAUUCUCUCUCCGAUAUUACCUAAAGAGAACACUUCAAUUAUUGUAACUUCUGUUGAAGUCAGGUUGAACAAAAAAUGAGUAGGUAAUUUCUAGCAACAAAUUGAAUGUUUCACAAGUAUGUUACUUUUUUGUACAUGUUAUCGCAUACGACCAAAUUAUUAAUUUUUAUUCUACAUUAAAACUUUUUUUUUCUUUAAAAAAAAAAGAUUAAAAAAAAGGUCCGAGAAUAUCUCAGUACGAAAUACAUGAAACAUUUUCCAAAAUAUUGUGUACCUGCAAGUUACUUUUUUAAAACUUUGUAAUUCAGUAUUAAGUCGUAAGAUUUCAUUCGGAAACACCAAACUUUUCUGUUUACCACCUAUUCAGAAAUCUUGUUUUUAGAAGAAAACUGAUCAAAAUUAUGACCUGUUAGCUCAGAGCCUGUACAUUAUACUUAGCUUUUUUGGGUGGGUGAGAGUCAUCAUUAUUGUCAUGUUAAACGGGAUGGAAUACGAUUUUUGACAAAAUAAAAAACCGAAUGACUCAUUAAUUCUUAAUGUUUAUUAUAUUCUCAACUGUAACAGCAAUACUCUCGAUUUUUUUAAUACUGAAAGAAAAUCGAUUUAUCUGAUGUAUUAAACUCUUCAAAACAAUGUUCGAAAUUGACAGGGAGAGGGAUGCUUCCAGACUUACAGACAGACCAAUGGAGUGUUAUAGUGGGUUGAUAGGCGCCGUAAAUUUAGAUUUACGUAAAUCAUAAACAGCCUAUAAAGUAAGCGGAAAGCAUUUAAAAUUUUAUCAAGUUUCUCAAACCAAAACUCCUCUAAUUUUUUGUAAUUCGAGCAUCUUAUCAGAAGAGACAGCCACUCUUUCUCGCCAGCAAAGGAAUUCGAUGACUCAAUGCACAUAAUGAUGCACAAUGCACAUUCCGUAGCCGGAUUUCUCCUGCCAAUGAAAGAGGGUAGCAGUUCUCUUUGUAAUGGUGCUCAGGGAAACAUCUGUUUAAAAAUAAGUUUGUUUUAAGACAUGACUUAAAAAAAUUGAAUCAAAGUAGUCGGCUGAAUUUGAUAAUAAUAAUAUAAUUUAAACUCCUGUUAGGCAAGAUUUCCUCUCGAACGAUUCACUGUUAGUCAGCUUUUAAGUAACACUAGAAUUUAAAAUUUGUCAUUUUAAAGACGCAGUUAUGUGGGGCUUUUUUCUUUAACAUUUUUAAAUUCAAGUCAUUGAAUGAACUGUUUUGAAAUUUUUUCAGUGCUGUCAAGUGAAUUUUUUGGAGUCUCAGUGUUUCUCUUAGAUUCACAUAUUUAAUUUGAGUGUCAGUCUUUUUAUGGCAAAUUGUGAUGUGUGGGUAAAUCAGCGAAAUAAACGCUGAAGGUGCAUGAUUUUAUCAGUAAUUAUCAUCAGAUUUCUUCUUUUAAGAAAUCGCUUACCUAAGUAUGUGCAUCGUAUUUUAAAUUAUGUAUUUACUCUCUAUAUUUUUCUGUCUCAGAUCACAGACUUUCCAUGAGUGAUGAAUCAAAAAAAAAUAAAUAAAAUUAUUUUCCUUUUCAAA